ACACGUCAGUUCAACAAAACAAAACCCCGGCAUCGAGCCUUCCUCCACCCUGCCCGGGGCGCAGAGAAAAGGGAUUUCGUGUGUUUCUUCCGUGCUGUCGACCCAACUACUGAUCUGUGUUCGUCUUUCGUGCCUAAAGCUACCCAGGCAGGGUGUGUGGUCGGCUGACUGUGUGCUGUGCGUUAUCACCGUCCCGUAGCGAAUCCAGAACCAUCGACAAAGAAGGCAACGUGGAAGAAUCGUUUCUCGUACACCUCCAAAGAAAGAAUACACGUGUCCGUGAUGCGACAUUCGAGAGCGAUUGUGGCCAGCCUGCUGCUCGUGGCCCUGCUUCCAACGCUAUCCCUCGGGGACAUACCGAAACCACCCUCGCUGUCCGCCGGAGGAGGCACCAAGAAGGACAAACUAAAGACUGAAAAACUGCCCCCCUGCAAGGCGUGCACCGUGCUGGUGAAUUCGUUCCGUGACGGCAUCAAGCGAACGGAACGGGCCAAGCACGAUGGUGGCGAUGCGGCCUGGGAAGAGGAACGGUUGGGCAGCUACAAAACCAGCGAACUGCGGCUGGUCGAGAUCCAGGAGCGGCUCUGCACGGACAUAGUGCGGGGUGAGGACCAGUGCCAUCAGCUGGCGGAAGACUACGAAACGCAGAUAGAGGAGUGGUGGAAAAACCAUCAAACCACGCAGCCCGAUCUGCACCGGUGGCUGUGUGUGGAGCAGGCCGCCGUCUGCUGUCCGGACGGAUUCUACGGCCCGAACUGUGAUCCGUGCCCGACCUGCUUCGGCAACGGGAAAUGUAAGGGCAACGGCACCCGCAAGGGCAAUGGGAAGUGUGCCUGCGACGAGGGAUACACGGGCGACAACUGUGAUAGCUGCAGCGAGGAGCACUAUCAGGCAUUCCGGGACGAGACGAAGCUACUGUGCAGCCGGUGCCAUAAGGCGUGUGCGGCCGGCGGCUGUACCGGGGCCGGGCCCAACUCGUGCCGGGUUUGUCGCAGCGGCUGGGUGAUGGACAGUGCCCGCGGUGGCUGUGGGGAUGUGGACGAAUGCAUUAAGGAGGCUCCAUGCACGAAGAAGCAGUUUUGCGUGAACAAUGAAGGCUCGUACAGCUGUUUGGAGUGUGAUAAGUCGUGCGAUGGCUGUAAUGGCGAUGGUCCAGAUUUGUGUGAAAAAUGUGCCGAAGGAUACGAGCUGCGGGACGGAAUGUGUACAGAUACGUCCAACGAGAAGCGCAACCAGUACGCCACCUUUACGCGCUACCUCACCUACCUCGGUCUGUGCAUUGCCACGUGCAUCGUGCUACAGAACUCGACCUGGCUGGCGGCGCUGGUCGGUCUGGCCGUCGCGGUUUACAUUUCCGUUUCGGAGUACUGGCUCAACACGGCACCGCAGCAACCGGCGGCACCUUCGCCGCGGAUUUUAGACGAGAUUCUACAGCAGCAUUAAAAAUAGAACAACUUCCACUCGGCGUGUGCUUGUACAGAGCACACCCGUGCAUGAUUCGCCGAGGUACACGUGGGUACACGGGAAGACAGGCUCAAUUUUAUCUUCGACACUUUUAUGAAAGAAGGUUGUGUGGUUAUUUUUGGUGCUGUCCUAGGACGACCAUUUUUAGUUGCGAGAUUCGCAAAGCAAAGUGUUGAUGUUGAAUUGGAUAAAUCAGACUUAUGGAAUCGUCUCUCUUCCACGCGCAUUAAACUUUUAAGGCCAAGCGAAUCCUUUCUCUACGACUAAGUAAUCAGAACAAAAGAUCCCAUGGCACGGCAUCUGCCGGCCAUUAAGUCUGAAAUGAUGAGUGAAUGAGUGAAACAAUGUGCAUAGGGGUGACAUUUUAGGUAAAACGAAUAAAAUAAACUCGUAACAAACAGUAACAGAAA